AUGACUAAAAUUACUAUUUCCGCAAAUAAUGAAAAGGGUGAAAACCAUUACAACAAUAAUAAUAAUAAUAAUAAUAAUGAAUGUAAAUAUAAUAACAAAAGAAGGGUAGUAGAUGAAUGUUUAGAAGAAUCUAUUGAAAAUGAAUAUAAUAGAAAUAUAAAAAAAACGUAUCCAAGUAAAAAUCACUUAGAUGAAAACACACUACCUGACUUUCUUAUAAAAUAUUAUGAAUGGGAAGAACUGCCAUCAUUUUAUAAUUUACCAUAUGGUUUAAUUAACAAAAAAAAUGAACAUUUUUUUUUUAAGAAUAAAAAGGAAUGUUUUAAUGAAUAUAUAAAAGAAAAAAACACUAGUCUUAUUAAUAUUAAAAAUAAUGAUAAAAAAGACCAUAUUCACAUUAAGAACUGUGAUAAUUUUAAUUUAAAUAAAGGAGAAAAUGAUAUAUGUGUAGAAGAAAAACAACAAGAAGAUGUGUGUAUAAAAAAUAACCAUGAUGAUUUUGUACUCUCCCUUAUUUAUGAUGAUAUUGUAACGUAUUUUUUUAAAGUUCAGGAAAAAGAAAUGAAAGUAAAAGGUACACCAAAUAAUCAGGAAAGGGGAAAUAAUAAUGAUCAAAAUAAUCAUGAUAUGAGAAAUGUGGAAGGAAAUAUAGCCAAAUUGAGCUACACUGAUCAACAGAAAAUUUUAAAAAUAAAUUUUAAAAAAGAGGAUACCAUAACAAAACAGGAGUUUCGAAAUGGCGAUUGUUGUGAGAAUGCGCAAAAUUGUAAUUAUUGCGAAAAGGGAAAAAGUUGUGCUAAUGAGAAUAAAUGUACAACUAACGAUAAAUGUUCAGGUGAAAAUAAACAUGUAGCUAAAAAGGAAUGUUCAGGUGAAAAUAAACAUGUAGCUAAAAAUGAACGUUCAGGUGAAAAUAAAUGUGUAGCUAAAAAUGAAUGUUCAGGUGAAAAUAAAUAUACAGCUAAAAACGAAUGUUCAGGUGAAAAUAAAUAUACAGCUAAAAACGAAUGUUCAGGUGAAAAUAAAUAUACAGCUAAAAACGAAUGUUCAGGUGAAAAUAAAUAUACAGCUAAAAAUGAAUGUUCAGCUGAAAAUAAACGUGUAGCUAAAAAUGACUGUUCAGGUGAAGAAGUUCCUAAUGAAAUAAACUGGAUGAACGAUUUCAUCAGUUUAACCAACAUGCAGAUAUUAUCAAAAAAUAGUAAUAAAUUUAAGGAGUGGAAUAAUUUAGAGAUUGUAAUUCCUCAUAUAAUAAAUUACUGUUGUAGUGUUCGUUCAUGUAUAUGUAAGAACAGUUUUUUAACUAUAACAUACAUAUGUAAAAGUUUAAAGGAAGAGAAGGAUAUUUUAUGCAAAUUUUUUGUUUAUAUAUUUCCAUUUAUUAUAAAAAAAUUGGAUAUAAAAAAUAAUUUUUUAAAUAAAUGUGUAACUAAUGCAAUUGAAGAAUUUAUGUUACAUAGUAGUAACAUGAACGACUAUGAGAUGUUAAGAUUAAUAUGUUCCUAUUCGAAUGAUAAGAAUUCUUGUAUAUCAAAAAAAAUGUCUUAUUUUGUUUAUUUGUUUUUAAAAAACUUACCACAAAAAGAAUUAAUGAAUUUCCGUAUAAGCGAUUUUGCAUCACCUUUCUUAGAUUUUAUAAAUGCAAAAUUAGAAGAUACGAAAAAGUAUAUAAAACAAGCAUUACAAAUAUUGUUAGAAUAUCACGAUGAGGAUAAUAUUAUAGAUAAUUUCAAAGUAGGUCUUGAAAAACAUGAACAAAAUAAUCAAGUGCACAAUUUCUUUCUGAUCAGCAAACAAAUAAGAAAUAUUUUAAGAAGUAAUAAUACAAACACUUUAAGGAAAAAAUACGCAACAUUUCAUGAUUUCAAAAAUACAAAAAUAGUAAAAAAUGUUAACAAACCCAAACCGUCUUCAUUCAUUUUUUAA